AUGGGUCCCUGUGGUCGGCCUCCCAUUUGCUGCUGUCUCCAUGCCACACUCUGUGCCAUGUGCCACUUUCAGGUCUCCUCACACUCCUGUGGUUUCCAUUUUGUCUCAUAGGUUGCUGUAUGGCACUCCCAUUGCUGCUGCCUUUCCACCGCCACACUGUGGCUCCAAACACUGGUUUUGGCCCCGUGACUGGCCCUGCCAAAGGAGUGAAGUGUGCAGUGAUUCUAAGAUCGACGGCAUGGUACUCAUCUGCAUGUCAUACUGACAGACAGUAUUAUUUCUCUUCCCCAGCAGACUCCAAGGGCAUUUAAAUUAAAGGUACAGUGUUUCUGCACUAAUAUUA